AUGGGUUCGAGUGGUUUUUUCCCCACAGUGGGAAUUUUGUUCCUAUUUGCAUGGGGAGCAGUUGCAGAACAAGGAGAAUACAUAUUAUACAAGGACCCAAAACAGCCAGCUUUUAGAAGAAUUAAUGACCUAAUGUCAAGAAUGACACUUGAGGAAAAAAUUGGGCAAAUGACACAGCUUGAUAGAGUCUAUACAACUCCUGAGAUAUUGAAGAAUUACUCAAUUGGAAGUUUGCUCAGUGGUGGAGGAAGUGUUCCUCUUCCAAAUGCAACUCCUAAGGAUUGGGUUGAUAUGAUUAACAAUUUCCAGAAGGGUUCUCUUUCUAGCAGACUUGGGAUCCCUAUGGUUUAUGGGAUUGAUGCUGUCCAUGGCCAUAAUAAUGUCUACAAGGCUACCAUAUUCCCCCAUAAUAUUGGUCUUGGAUCCACCAGAGAUCCGGAGUUGGUGAGAAGGAUUGGAGCUGCAACUGCUCUUGAAGUUAGAGCUACUGGAAUUCAAUAUGCUUUCGCUCCAUGCAUUGCGGUCUGUAGAGAUCCAAGAUGGGGUAGGUGUUAUGAGAGUUACAGUGAAGAUCCACAAAUUGUGAAAGAGAUGACUGAAAUUAUUAAGGGAUUACAAGGAGAAAUCCCUCCUGGAGGGCGUAAGGGUGUUCCUUAUGUUGGUGGACCGGACAAAGUUGCAGCUUGUGCAAAACAUUUUGUUGGUGAUGGUGGAACGACAAAGGGAAUCAAUGAGAACAACACAGUGACUGAUUGGCAUCGAUUGAUGAGCAUUCAUAUGCCUGGAUAUGAUGCCUCCAUCAUCAAGGGUGUCUCAACUGUCAUGGUUUCCUACUCCAGCUACAACGGACUAAAAAUGCAUGCCAACCGUAACCUUGUAACUGAUUUCCUCAAAGGCAGGAUGAGGUUCAGGGGUUUUGUGAUAUCGGAUUGGCAAGGAAUUGACAAAAUUACAACGCCAGCACACGCAAAUUACACGUUGUCUGUUCUAGAUGGGAUUUCAGCUGGAAUUGAUAUGAUUAUGGUUCCUGACAACCACACAGAAUUCAUUGAUACUUUGACUUACUUGGUUAAAAACAACUACAUCCCUGUAAGCAGAAUUGAUGAUGCAGUCAGGAGGAUUUUGAGAGUCAAGUUCACCUUGGGAUUGUUUGAGAAACCUUAUGCUGAUUACACUUACAUUGAUCAACUUGGUAGCCAGGCUCAUAGAGAUUUGGCUAGGGAAGCUGUGAGGAAAUCACUUGUGCUGUUGAAGAAUGGGAAUAAUGCUGAUGAACCAUUAAUUCCCCUCUCCAAGAAAGCAAGGAAAAUCUUAGUUACAGGAACUCAUGCCCACAAUCUGGGAUACCAAUGCGGAGGCUGGACAAUUGCAUGGCAAGGACUCAGUGGCAACAACCAUACCGCUGGAACCACAAUCUUGAAUGGUAUUACAGCAGCAGUUGAUCAUGGCACUGAGGUUGUUUACAAAGAAAGCGUCGACGGUUCUGAUUUUGUCACGGACAACAACUUCGACUAUGCAAUCGUUGUUGUUGGUGAGCCUCCAUAUGCAGAAACUGCAGGGGACAAUGCCAACUUAACCAUUCCUGAACCAGGUCCAUCUACAAUCACCAACGUCUGUAGCAGUGUCAAGUGUGCUGUUGUCGUCGUAUCCGGCAGACCUCUUGUGGUUGAGCCCUACCUUUCAUCCAUUGAUGCUUUGGUUGCUGCAUGGCUCCCUGGAACUGAAGGCCAAGGAGUUGCUGAUGUUCUCUUUGGAGACUAUGGAUUCACCGGAAAAACUUCUCGUACUUGGUUCAAGACUGUUGAGCAGCUGCCAAUGAACUAUGGUGAUGAGCAUUAUGAUCCACUCUUCCCUCUUGGACAUGGCCUCACAACUGAGCCUGAUCAAAGCUAG